CACGGCCUCGCAGGGAGGAGCCCGUCAUUGCUCAGCGGAGAGAAAUGAAAGCCACUCCCCACUGGACUUGUCCGUCUGAUUCAACGCCCGACCUGCUCGAGAGCUUUUCUUGCUGUCGCGGCUCAUUUGCGAACUUCCAAACACUGACGUUUGACAUUUCUGCUUUAAGGCCGGUGUGCAGAUCUGCAGGUCGGCCAUUUUGGUGUUGAAAUACUUGAAAAUGCUGCUCAUCCUACUUGGAGUGCUCAUCUUGCACCUCAUCAUCCUCAUCCUUCUCAUUGUGUCCACAGCAGCAAGUGCCUGGACUGUAGGUGCCGACAUCAGCAAGGACCUGUGGUACAACUGCUUGACCACUGACGUCUCAUACCAGUGCACUCAGGCCAGCAAUGAAGAUUGGAUCCAGGCAGUGCAGGCCCUGAUGAUCCUGGCCGUGCUCUUCUGCUUCUUCUCGCUGGUGGCGUUCGUGUUCCAGUUGUUCAAACUAGUGAAAGGCGGACGCUUCUUCUUCACCGCCAUCUUCCAGAUUUUGGCCAGUCUGUUCGUGAUGUGCGGCGCCAUCAUCUACACGGUGAUGAGAACGGACGACGUGCCCGAGUCGCAGUUCGGCUACGCCUACGUGCUGGCCUGGGUGGCGUUCCCUCUCAGCCUCAUUAGUGGUCUCAUUUACAUCGUGCUGAGGAAGAAGGAAUAAUGGCGGCGGAGGAGAGGAAUGCGGAAGAGGAAGCGAGGAGGAGGUAGAAGAGGAGGCGUCGCACUGUGCCUACUGCCCACAGACCAACAACAAACAGACUGACAUCACCGAAGCGCAAUGAGAACUUGGCUUCGCUUUCCAGAGUACAAAGAUGUACAUAGCGUCUGUGGUUUUUAGACAUAUUUAUAGCAUUUUUACAUUACGUGUUGUACAUAGUGUUUUUAACAUUGUCUUCCCGGAGUGUGUGUGUUUUUCACACGUCAUGCAGCUGUGCCAAAGAAGUUUCGCUUUGUCCGCCAAGAUAUUCAGCUUAAUCUUUUUUGUGUGUUUUUUUUUUUAAAUGCUUUGAAUAAUGUGCCUUAGCUUUGAAAAAGUGUACUUCCCGAAGGAACGCAUAGCAAUUACAUCAUGAAGUGUCUUGUUUAUUUUUUUUUUUUUGUGUUAGUUUUGAUAAAACGGUGCUUUUUAUUGUUACUAUUCUUAAAAAUGUAUAGUCUCUUUCGUGUCGGUGUAGCUACUUUGCAAAUGUGUCAUGACACGCGAUUUAUUCGCUCCGUGUAAGCACGAAGUUUCAAGUCUUGUCAGUAUUCUUCUUAAUAAACAUUCACUUGAUUAGAAACACA